AAUUUUGUUAGUAAUGGAAGGGAUUGAUGAAUUUCCGUAUGGCAACAUUCAGAGAAAGAAAGGACUAUCAUUUCAUCAGAAGAUGAGACCACGGUUUAAUAUGGACAAAGCAAAGCCUUCGAAAUUAUGCAUCAGUGGUCUUUCUCCUAAUGAUUUCAGCGAUUCUUCUUCAAUUACCAAGACAUGAGAAAAAAAAUAGCAGCCAUGCGUUACACAAAGGCAGAGAGCGGUCAAUUUCAAAUGUAGUGAAAGAGCCGAAAGUGUCUCGAAUGUUUUCGUCUUCAAAAGAUGUCUCCAAUGUGGAUAAGGAGUCCAUCUCCAAAUCUAAGGGUUGCAGUCCUAAGGUGAAGCGAGUUCACAGAGUAGACAGUAUCUCGAAAGAUUCAUACUGGAGUAAAGACUCUGAGCAAAAUGAUAGCGAUGAAUAUGAUUCAGCGCUGUCUACUAUCAAGGAUUUCUUCCCCACUAGAAGAAAAAAUUCUGAUGAGAGACGCUUCAGUGGGUUGAAGAGCAGCCAGAGGCUUCCAUCCCCGCCCUCAAUUAAGAAUAUGAGAAGAAAUUCGAUACAGAAAGCAAUGAAUAUACCUGAAUUAAAUCCAAUUCUUAUUUUCAAAAAGGAGUUAAUCAAGAAACUGAGGGAGCAAAAUCCUAAAGUUAACCCGGUAACAGGACAGGAUGCUACAAAUGCCAUUUUAGUACGAGCUUUCAAGAACAUGGGGAUUCACUUAAGUGUUGUUGGGUCAAUGCAAGCACUGCUUGAGACCAAGCCUAAGAGAAUUCCUAAUCUAGAGCCUUCAAAUGGCAGGAUGGGAUUUAUUCAGCUUAAUUUAACCCAGAAAAAACCUAAAGCUUGGGUGGACAAUUUGAUCGAUUGGUGAAUGGAGAAUGACAGGGUCAACUACCAGGUUGAUUACAUCCUUGAAAGCAUCAUAAAGCAGAAACAAGAGAGGAAUAAAUAAAAUUCUCAAGCAAAGGAAAAAUGACAAAAUUUGAAACUCAAUCACGCCUCAUACAGAUUCGAGAAAUCUCACUGAGACUAAUCUAAACCCAACCAGGAGAGAUAGCUUAGCAGAAAAGAACAAGGGAAUCUCACAAAUGAUGAGUAUAAUCCAAACUCCUCAGAAAAUUAUCAAAAAGGGAGAUUUCUCACAAACUAUCGAAUUCAAAGUUGCAGCACACAAGAGCUUAGUGGAUAUCAAGAAUUCUCACCAACUCAGCAAGCACCUUCGGAGUAAAAUCGAUAAUUACUACCAAAAAUCCUCAAAAUAACCAAAGAAUGUCAAAAUCCAUCGAGGAUGCCAAAAAGCGCCUCAAAGCAAAGUACAAACAAAAAAUCACUCACGAGAAACACCAACUAAAAGAGUUCUACAAGUCUAACUGUCAUCAUCCCCGCUCAAACAUCGCUCAUGCAGAGAACCUGCACAAUCUGCUUCGCUCCACUCGCCCUCGGUCACACAGAAGAGCCAGCAGCAAAGAAGACCAGCACCCUUACCUUGAAGGAGGAAUGCCUCCAGUCAAGCUCAGUAAGAAGCAGAUGAAGAGGAUCAUGGAGAUAGGGGAGGAAAGCAGGUUCGGCUAUAUCAAAAUAUUUUAA